AUGGUGUUCCUCAUACUCUCAUAUCUCCCUGUUAUAUCACUUCUACGCUGCAAAUCAGUCUGCAAAACCUGGCUAUCCAUCAUAAAUAGCCCACAGUUUGUUGAAGCCCACCUGGCUAAUUCCAAGAACAAACAAGCAUCUGUGCUCAAAGCCUCUGAUGCUUGGAGGGUUUUGUCCAUGGACAGUGUUGAAGAAUCAGUUCAGCUUAAACAGCCAUCACGUCUUGAGUGUAAGUUUGGUUACAUGCGUUCUUGUAACGGUUUUGUUUGUCUUUCUAGUGAAAAUUGUGAUAGUAUAUGUAUUUGGAAUCCUUGUACUAGACAGUAUAAGAUGGUUUCUCUCCCCAACUAUGCAAAUCGUGUCUUCACUUGUCUAGGGUUUGGGUUUGAUUCUGUUGGAAACGACUACAAGGUUCUUAGGCUUGUAAGAAAGGUUGACAAUGACCUACGAGGUUUUGUCGUUCGCAUCUAUAAACCAGAAGCAUUCUUUGGGAAGUUGUAUUUGGAAAGUGAGGCUGGGCUAUUGCCGUUUGAUUUGCGAAACGAUGUGUUUAGAGAAAUUGUGGUGUUACCGUUUCCCAUUUACGGGCAACAGAAAAGGAAUAAGAAGUUUGAAAUUUUGGAUCUUGAAGGUUCUGUUGGUAUGCUAUAUGAAUCUGCCGGGGAUGAAUCAGUUGUUAGUCUUUGGAUAUUAGAUGAUGCUGGCUUGUGGAUUAAAAAGUUCAAUCUUGAAAUGAAUCUGGAGUUGGAUCACAUGUAUCUUUAUUUGGGUGCUGAACAGUAUCUUGGCCUCAAUUUGUUUUUUGGAUACAAAUUUUACAACUGCAGAAAGAAAACGACUAAGGAACUUCCUUUCCCCGCUCAUCUCACUGAUGUCGAGUCAGUUGCCAAGUUCACUGAGAGCCUCGUCUCCCUUGAGGGGUUUGAAUCGCAAGAGUGA